UGUUUCACGACAAUGAAUCUCUUUCAAUCCAAGUUUCGUCUGUACCACUAACAUCUGACAGAUUGCUCCAACAUGGCUGAAUGUGGCAUCUGUUUAGAGGAUAUCAAGAAGCCUGUCUGCAUUCCGUGUGGUCACGUUCACUGUGAAAAAUGCCUACGCGCCCAUAUAAAUUCCGGAAAUGAUGCUUUGAAAUCUUCGUGCCCAUCAUGUCGAAGCAUAUUCCACAUUGCUAUGCCUGAUCUAUCUUUUGUUCCCAAAAAAUACCAUGAUUUCAUGGUUCCCAGCGUGCGCAAAUUGUACUUAGAUAUUGCUUCUCCUGCUCCGUUGGUUGCCGAGAUCGAGCAACUCAAAACACGCGUCGCUGCGUUGAGUAGAGAUCGGGAUGCUCUGAUGGAGAGAUGUGAGGCACACAUGGCAGCUUCUCGUCAGUAUGCCACAAAUGAGAAGGACGCUCGUUUGGAAGCCAAGGCUGCUCGUGAAGCCACCAGCCGGCUGCAGGUGAAGUAUGAUGCUUUGGAAAGAGAAUUCCUGGACCAUUCAUUCAUGUCCCAGACAUCUCCCGAUGGCCGAAAACGUAAAGGCAGGGAGAGCGUCAAUAACUCGCGCGUUUCCUUCUGCCAAGAAGAAGUUGUCACCAAGUCAGACGUGAAGCUCGAAGAGCUCCCUGAUGCACUCGACUUCGCACCUUCACGCCUGAAGCGUGCGCUUCCCAGAUCAAGCGUGGCUUCAUCCUCGCGGCGCGAACGAUCCCACGAUCCUCCUCCUCGUUUUGUUAAGCGUCAGCGGCGCGCAAGACAUUCAGAUAUUGGCCCAGAAUUACAGACUCAGAUGCCUGCAUCGUGCGAAGGUUGCGAGGAGUGUCACGGAAUCUACAGUCAGUAAAAUCAUCUAGACAAGGCCACAUGGAUGAUGCCCUCUCACUUCUCUGUACAGUGUAGAUAUUGAUAUACAUGUAUUGAUAUUUUUUUUGCAAUGAUAAUAUCUGCUUACCAUUUAA